AUGGUUCCGAUCACUUGCAACGCCGUAGGCGACAUCCUAGCUCUGGCAGAGUUGGUCAUCGACGUAGUCCGUGCGCUGAAUGACGCCCGCGGCGCCCCAGCCGAAUAUCGCGCCUUCAACCAAGAGCUCAACAGCCUGCACGCGAUACUGCUUACCGCCACGCGCAUCGCCAAGAACACGGACGACCCUGUCUUGCGCGAGGAGAUCAUCCGCAACGUCGACCAGUGCGGCCGUGACGUCCAGGCUUCUCUCGCACGUGUGGCCGAUCUCUCUGCCCUAAGCGACGACGCUGGUUCCACGAGCGGGAUGCGCGAUCGCUUCAGGAGGAACCGAUAUAAGCUUGUGUGGCGGUUCAAGCAUCGAGACGAAGCGCAAACUUUCCGGCAGGAGCUCGCGACGGCGACUCAGCGAUUAACGAUGCUGUUUGUCCUUUCUCACACGAACGGAGCUGUGAGCUUCCGCACGAACGUCCUGAACAAAAUGGACGCUUUGGUCUCGCAGCACGGCGAUCUGUCCGAUACUAUCCAUCGUCACACCGUGCUCGCAAUCCGACGGCGCAAUACCCCCCACCGACAUGAUGGCCUCGUGCGCGAUCUAUACGAAUGUCUUCCAGAGGGUGUGGACAGCCAAGUGGCUGUGAUCGCUGUGCUAUGCGCCGCCAUCUGUGCCAUGGGCCCAUAUGAUCAAGUUACCCCAAAGGCUCUCCUCCUGGUCUUGAUCUACCUCCUUUCGAGGUCUUCAGGAAAACGGGAUCAUGCGCUUGCGCUAGACGUGGCAUACUCGGAGAUCAACUCGGUCACACUGCUUGAUGCGCUUGGUCGAAAGCUCACGCUUCCUUUCGAGCUCUGUGGGACUUACGAGAUGUUUCACAGCACACUGGUGAACCUGUUCGCACAGACGAAUGGUCGCUGGUUCAUUGACUCACGAAGAUAUACUCUUCGCCUAUUGCUGAGUCCUCAUCCUUCUAUAUAUGAGAUAACUCAGCGUCUAUACCCUAUCGACGCUAUCAAUUGGGCUUCUAUCGUCAUCCCCGGCUCAAAACUGGAAAUGGCCGUUCUUGUGAUGCAGGCGCCGUCUCAAUCGGAAGAGACUCUGCUAUCAUCCUCCGUCGGUGAACUCACGUGUCCAAUCUGCCCCGUCCAAACCUUGAGUCGUCAUAACGUCGCAUAUUGGAACGAAUAUUUCGCUUGUAUCACCUGUGGAAGGCGGUUCAAUAAGGGCACAAAAGGCAGGAUGUUUCGCGAACACGGGACGACCAUUCUCAGCGGAUCUACCUCAAGCGCAUCCAAUGCUAUAGAUUUCUCGGCCGAUCGGGGAAGAUACCCCCGAUCCAUUAGACCAAUGCGACCUUCUCACAUUCUGCCUUCAUCUGUGGACGAUGGUCAGCCCCCCCGGAUCCCCUUACGAUGGGAGACCCAAGUCCAGACUUUCACCCGCAUAGAUAUUCACGAGUCUUGGCCGUGGUCCUCUUUCAGCCCCGGAUACUACUCUGUCGAGACUUCCCCCCAAGACCAUCGCGGCUUUCUGACAGCUGCUCAGAACGGGCACCACGCGCUAGUUUCUACUCUCAUCGAUGAAGGAGUGGAUGUAAACGCUACGAGUAAAUCCGGCUAUACCGCCCUUCAUCUCGCCGCAUUAGACGGCCACGUCGAAACGAUUGAACUUCUGCUCAGCCGCGGCGCCUUCAUUGAUGCAAUUGCGAGGUACAACGUAACGCCGCUCGCAUCAGCCACGAUGUCUGAUCAACACGAGGCCGCGGCGAUACUGCUUGCGCGGGGGGCCGCUGUGGAUGCAUCGAUGUCUGCACGAUCUAUCAUUCUGCACAUCGCCGCGAUGGUAGGAAACACCGCAGUCUUGCAGUCGAUGAUCCACCUUGGUGUCGACGUCAAUACCCCGCUUGAUAUGUCGGAGUGCGGAGGCGAUACGUCAGCACUGGACAAGGCCCUACUAUUCUCACUUUCAAGUGACACGGUCCGAGUUCUUCUGCAGCACGGUGCGGACGCAAGCCUUCCUCACUCGGACUCUGCAUCUUCUACUACAGGCGAUGGGUUCUCAACUCUUUCGUUUGCAAUGUCCCCAUCAAGACCCGAUGGUGAUUCCACCAUCGCGCUCGAUGUAGCAGAGAUGCUUUUUGAGUGGAUCAUGGAACGGGAUCAAAUGUGGCAUUCGAAAGUAGAUCCGGAAGAGAUGAUGAUGUGGUUGAGCAGGGCAAUAUGUUGCAACCGACCCAAACUCAUCAACAUCAUCCUUGACACCGGUGUGGAUGUGAAUGCGCACUUCGAUGACGGCGAGACGCCGCUAGUGCAAGCGGCCGCACAAUGGGGACAAGUAGAGCCGGUAGCCCUAUUGCUUGCUCGAGGCGGUGACCCAAAUGGAGAUUCCAUGCCACCAUCGAGAAUGAAGCUGACCCAGGAAGGAUCGUGGAAGGCCCUGCACGCUGCUAGUUACAACAGCACCGCCGAAGUCGUCGACAUUCUCCUUCGUCACGGCGUUGACAUGAACGUGCAGUCGGAGUGCGGCCUCACUCCGCUCUCGUAUGCGCUGGAGCGCCUCUCCGAGAGAAUUUGGGAUGUAUUCCAUGAACAACUGCUCCAGCGCCAGGAGGUUGUGAGACUACUCCUCUCGCGUGGCGGGGUAGUCUAUGAUGCAUUAUCAUCCUCGCGUCUGGACAACUUCCUUGCUACCGGCGAUGUCCCUCGUACCCCCUCUGAUCCUCACCACGACAUGGUCGUACCAGGAGCCUGGUGCGAGGACGUAGAGUGA